UAACUUCUAACGUUGCUGCAUCGAGCUUCGCAAUAACCAUGAUAAGGAGGACGAAGUAUCUGCUUCCUGUUAACGUUUGUUAGAAAGUGACGUGUGUGAUCGAUGCCAUCUAGUGACGAUGGAGAAGUCCAAGAGGAACAAUGCUGACAAUUGUGAAGCGAAGAAUAGGACGAGGAAAAAGAAAAGCAGGAAGGAACUGGAUCUGCUUCGGCGGAACGUUUUGGAGGCCAAGAAAAUACUGCGUGACGAAACUGCCCCACCGAAAGCUCACUCUUCAACAUUCACAAAAGUUCUCAACAAAUUCGCCGACCGAAGACAAGCAAACGACAACAAGAAUCAAGGAUUUGAUAGCGCUGGAAAAAGGACGGGAAAAAAGAAAAUGUGCAAUCGAUUACUGCCGUCGCGAAAACCGCAAGUUGGCAUUUUUGCAAACGGUUCGAAAGGUGCGGAAAUAAAAAGAGCGAACCUAGCUUUGACCGAAUCAGAUAGAGCGCGCUUCGAAGGAGAUCUUCAGAAGAUUUUGAACGACGGGAAAGUGAAGUCAAAGAAGUCGAACCGUGGGCUUGCGAAUAAACUUCCGCCAAAACUGUCGGCCGAUACUGUCGACACGAAUGAGUCAGAUUCCCCAGAAAAUCAGGCUGAAGAUAACGUUUCAGAGAUAAAACCUGCGCCGGUCGUCGCUGAUGAAAAGCAUAAAAAACACAAUGGCAAAAAAAGGUUGCAAAUCCCCGUCGCACAGGAUGAAAAUCCGAGAAAAAAACACCACGCGGAAACGGAUAGUGCGAAAAUCAUCGCAGUGCAAUUACCGUUCGGAUCUGAUUGCGAGAGAAAAAAUGUUGCUGAAAAAAAGUGGAAGAGAAGCUUGUUUCAAGACGAAGACGAAGAUUCUGAUCCAAUUCGCGCACCCGGUGUUGAAGAUUUGCGAUUUUCGCCAACUGUCGUCAAGACUGAAGUUAAACAAGAAGCCGUGCAACCGAAGGCAAGACCUGGCAAUCAAACAUUGAAUUUUAAUUGCGGCAGACUAGGGAGAAUGGCCGCCGCCAAGUACCAGGAACUUUGCACUAUUGUUUCUGCUCAAAACUUCGACAAUUUUCUUAAGCAAAUGCCUAACGAAGAUCCUCUGAAAAAGGUCAGAAAGUCUCUGAUCAACUUCUGCUCAGAUUUCCAGCGGCAAAAAGAGCUAAUUCGAAAGCAUCCGACAGAGUUUAGGGCGAAUAUCGAACAGAACAAAUUUUUAUACCACAAGACGCGUCUCGAAGAGACCGAACAACCUUCGACCUCCAAUUUGAAGAGCAGUUUCAACCAUCAAAUCGCGAAAACUGAGGCCUCGAUGAUCGCCGAUGAUCUUGAAAACGUCACGACGGAAGUGACCCGCGUUGGUCAACCGAACGACUCCGUUUCAUCCGAGUCAAGCGUGAUUACAGAAUGGGAAACGAGUUCACUGAGAGUGAAUUACGGAAGUCCAAGAGCCAGUUUGAAAUCUGGAAUAACCGAAUGUUCGAGGAACGACGAUACAAGUCGAGAAAAAAUUCUACAAAAAUUUCCAAAAGAGUUUAAGAAACUUUCUAAAAAGAGUAUCGGUGAAAAAUCGACUACAAAAAAACUCGUCGAAGAACGAGGAAAAUUUGUCAACGAGAGAGAAAGACAGUUGAUCCGAGUUCCUUCGAUCGGUGAAAAAAUGAUGCUCCGAUAUCUGCAAGAGGCGAGUAAUCCAGAUUCUCCACCGCCUCGGAAAGCCGAAGAUGAAGUUCCGUCCAUUUUUCCACCGGAAGUCAGGCCUCGAUGCUUCCAGACUGCCUCAGGCGCCCCGAAUUCACUAGCGGUCAACUGUCCGGAUACUCUGAAAGAUUUUGAUCGCUGCGCUGGAUCAUCGACGAUGAAUUUGGGCAGCUCUUCGAGUUCGACGUUAGCGCAAAUUCCAUCAGCGCGUGAAAAACUGAUGCUCCGCUACCUGCGAGAGGUUAAUAAUCAGGACAGAUCGAUUCCUUUUUCGGAAAAACUCGCGGAGAAUCAGGAGCGUCGAUUUAUCGGGUCGAAAUCGAGCGACGAUUUCCGCAGGAGCAAAGAACCGAUCUGCAAUUCUAUGGGUUCGAGUCCGAGAACGAAAAAAAAAGCCGUGCUGCGAUACCUACAAGAUGUGAAAAUCCAAAACGAGCAUUCGGCGUUCCUAGAAGCGUCGGAUUUAAACACAGAAAAGCACAGCCUCGGCGAAGCGGCGAAGAGACCGAAACUCAAAUUUCAAAAACCUGUGAAAAUUGACGAAGCCGUCGAUUCGUUGGCCGUGAAUUACGAGAGUGGCGGAAAUUCGCAAUCAGCGAUGCAAAAUUUGAGUCUUCGACUACCGCGAGUCCCGUCGAUUCGCGAGACGAUAUUACUGCGGUACCUGCAAGACGUGCAGAGUGGAAAUCUGGAGGAACCGGAAGUCGGAACGGCGCCGAAUAUCCAGGGAAAAUCUGAGCGCCACAUGCCGGCGAUUUUGCGAAAAUCACAGCAAGAAAAAGUUUGGAAGAAGCCUCGUCUCGAGGCUGAAAUCGGCAAAAAUUUCAAUGGAAGAACCGCGAUCCGCGAUGAACCGGAAGUCGUGCCGACGCCGGUCGUCGUCAAAGCGCUUUUUGAACUGAAUGAACGCCGAUCCAGAGCCAACCUCGAUUUUCCUGGACCGGAAGUUCGUCGGACGAUCCCUCGGUUCGUUUAUCCCGUGAAACACUCCCAGGCGAACGGGAUUUCCGGUCAGGAUCAGGACUGCCAAAGGUUUCCGGUUUUCCUGAAACGCCGCAGCUCCACGUCGACCGGAAAUUCUGACGAGUUGCUGCAUAUUGCACCCCGAAAUGAACCGCGUCAAGUGCGCCAAUUCCAGGUACUCGGAGUCGGUGAACGAGUUGAAAAACUGCACCGAAUACCCAAACAGACCAUGCACUCGCGAAUGGUCCAGUUGCCGAGGGGUGGAAUCAGGAACAUUUCGACCAGCUUAACGCGGCCGACGGACAUCGAGCUGCCCGAUUCCGGGGUGACUUUUCACCAGGCGGCACCCCCCGAAGUUCUGCAGAUGCCGUUGCGCAGCUACUCGGAGGAAUGCUUCGAGAGAAGGAUCGAUUUCGUUCUUCCGAUUGACGAAACGAAGCCGAUUUUCCGUAACGCGAUCGCCAAUCCACCGUGCAGAUCAGACGCCCCCGAAAAUCUGUCCCGCCCUCAAAACUUCAGCCCGGUCUUAACGGAUCUUCGAAAUUACAACUGUCAGUGCCUCGUUGAUCCUGGAUUUCAGCAGGCUGGAUUCCUCAGGAGUCAGAUCGGUGAAAAUGGUGGACAGAAUUAUCAGCGUGUUAUACAACCGAUUUAUAACGCUACUGACGCGUAUCGUCCGCUACAAAUACAAUUACUGCAAAAUUAUUACCCUGCCGAUAUCUAGAUAUAACAUAUAAGGUAACAAUAAUAAUAACAAUACAAUAGUGUAUAGUAUAAAUUUAGUCAACAUGUAUUAUAAUUUGUACCUGCCUUAGAAUAUUUUAUCGGUCGAAUAACCG